AUGCCUUCAAAAGGAUUGAAUUUGACAAAGCUUUGCACGGAAGAGGAAGAAAAUGAGUCAAGUGGAGAAAUUCGAUGCAACCAUGGCUAUGUGUUGCCUUUGUUAACAGCUUGGACCCCUCGGAACCCAGGAAGAAGAUAUUGGGGUCCACGAUCUUGUAAUUUUUGGGUUUGGAAGGAUUCCGAAAUUGAUCCUAGGUCCAAAUUUGUUAUUCCAAAAUUGCUUGACAAAAUGGGUGAACUUGAGAAUGCAUUAGAAGGCUUUGAAAAUCUUGCCAAGCCAAGGACAACUUUAAAGGUUGAAAACACCAUAAAAGAGGACAAGAUGAAGAAGAUCGAGGCUCAAUUGGUGAAAUUGCAAGAUGAUAUGGAGAAGAUGGAAGAGAAGGAAAAGAAGGGAUGUGUAUUAUUCUUGUUGCUUGUGGGUAUCCCAGAAUCUCAUUGA